CUUCCCGUUACAGUAGUAGCAAAGUAUUUCCAUCAUGGCGAUCAUGUCGCUCGCCUGAGAGUGUCGUGGAAACUAAAUUAAGAGAGUUAAGCUGUAUUUCAGAUUACAUAGACCAGCGUGUGUGUCCAGGCUGCAUUUGAGAUGAAGGGUAAAGAGCGGUCGCCGGUGAAGAAGCGCUCGCGGGCUCCAGAAGACGGUCGAGAGCAGAGAGGAGGAGGAAGCAAGAAGCCCGGAGCCCUGGCGACGGUUGCUGGCAGCAACAACGGCUCCUCUUCAUCCAGGAGAAGUUUACACGGUGACAAAAGAGACAUGAGGGAUUCAGACGGACAUAACUCAUCCAGUCGGACUAGCAGCGGCUACGACUACGGAGCAGUUCCCGGUAACAAGCCGUACAACGCUGCUGCUGCUGACAUGGACGCGGAAACAGCCAACAACAGGUCCGGCUCGUCACGCAGCGAGCCGCGGCCUCCUCCUCCUCCGACGUCCACCCCGGAAAACGAGUACAAGACGCUCAAGAUCAGCGAACUGGGCAACCAGCUGAACGACGAGGAGAUAGAGGACGGGCUGUUUCACGAGUUCAAGAGGUUUGGAGACGUGAGUGUGAAGAUUAGUCGAGAGAAAAACGACGACAGGGUGGCGUAUGUGAACUUCAGGAGGCCGGAUGACGCCCGGUCCGCCAAACACGCCCGAGGAAAGCUGGUGCUGUACGACCGGCCUCUGAAGAUAGAGACUGUUUACACCAACAGGAUCAGGAGCCGGUCACCUGUUACAAAGGACACUUUCUCACCAGGAGGACACAGACAUCUCCACUCUCAGAGGCCUCUGUCACCCACUGGUAUGGGCUACAGAGACUACAGGUUACAGCAGCUGGCUCUGGGGCGUCUUCCUGCUCCUCCUCCUCCUCCUCCACCUCCUCCACCACCUCACAUAAGAGAUCUGGAGAGAGACAGAGACUUUUCAGUGUACGAUUCCAGGAAUAGACCCCAAUUCAUUGCUGAGUGUGCUGUUUUCCGUGAGGAUGACCUCAUGACCCCUGAGGAUGACCAGAGGGCAAACAGGACUUUGUUUCUGGGCAACCUGGACGUCAGCGUGACAGAGAGCGAUUUGAGGAGGGCGUUUGACCGGUUUGGCGUGAUAACAGAGGUGGACAUAAAGCGGGCGGUGCGAGGCCAGAGCAACACCUAUGGGUUCAUCAAGUUUGAGAAUCUGGACAUGGCUCAUCGUGCCAAAGUGGCGAUGUCAGGGAAAGUGGUGGGCCACAACCCGAUUAAGAUUGGCUAUGGGAAACCCACGCCCACGACCAGGCUGUGGGUGGGGGGCCUCGGACCUUGGGUGCCACUAGCUGCACUGGCCAAGGAGUUUGACCGCUUUGGCACCAUCAGGACUAUAGACUACAGGAAAGGCGAGGUGUGGGCUUAUAUCCAGUAUGAAAGCUUGGACGCUGCUCAGGCCGCAUGUACUCACAUGAGAGGCUUCCCUCUCGGUGGCCCUGACAGGAGACUCCGGGUGGACUUUGCAGACACAGAGCACCGCUACCAGCAGCAGUACGUGCAGCUCCCCCUCCCUCUGCCGCACUAUAACUUUGUUCCUGAGCCCUUCGCCCACCGCAUUACAGACUCGGUGAGAGUGAGGGAGAGGUCCCCUCCGCUUCCUGCUCGCUUCAGAGAAAGGGGCAUGUACUCCAGUGCUGAAUGGUCUGGCAUGGGUGUCCACGACAGGAUGCGAGGAGCAGGCUUUGAUCCCAUGGAUCGUCUGGACAGGCGUCCCCACGAGACCUGGUCAAUAGACCGAGAUUUGCAAGGCAGAGAACUAAGCCGCAAAAGGAGACUGGAUCAUUCGCCUGACAAAAGUGACUUUGGUCUGCGCCGUCGUGGCAACUCAUUAGAGCGCAGCCCUGGUGGGAUCAGUCGAGACGGGGGACGCUACAGUGACCCCUGCCUGCCUCGCUCUGGAACGUCCCCUGUUAGAGAUCGCCAGACCACUGCCUUUGGAGACAAGAGAAGAAAGACACUCAGCCCAUCUGCACCAGGCACUGAGAAGGACCGCAAACACAAAGCCAGUGACUUAUCCAAGAGCCCGGCGAGGAAAGAGGAUCCUUCGUCCUCAAAGUCUGGCCAGCAGUCUAAGCCGGCAGCUGGAGGACAGAAGCUGAGUCAGGUCUGGCAGGGCGUCCUCCUGCUGAAGAACAGCAGCUUUCCCACAUCACUGCACCUGCUGGAGGGGGACAUGGCUGUGGCUACCGGUCUGCUGCUGCCGGGCUCCGCCGGGGGUCAAGCGUCCCAGCUGAAGAUCAGCCAGCGCCUGCGCCUGGACCAGCCCAAACUGGACGAAGUUUCCCGUCGCAUCAAGGCCGCCGGCUCCAGCGGAUACGCAAUCCUCAUGGCCGUGCCCGGGAAAUCUGAAGACGGAGGGACCCAGGACGUCAGCAGCUCCGCCGAGAGGCCGCUGAAGAACCUGGUGUCCUACCUGAAGCAGAAGGAGGCGGCCGGCAUCAUCAGCCUCCCUGUGGGGGGCGGCCGUGACAAGGACCACGCAGGAGUCCUUCACGCUUUCCCCCCAUGCGAGUUCUCACAGCAGUUCGUGGAUGCCUCUGCCAAAGCCUUUGCCAAGUCAGAGGACGACUACAUGGUGAUGGUCAUUAUCAGAGGAGCGUCAUGAAAAAAAAAAAAAAAUCUAAAUGUCUCUUUUCACUCUCAUGGACUGUUUAACUGUGAGUUGUAAAAACAGGGAGAAGUAAAAACAGGAAGUGUUAGGGGUCUGAUUUUAAGUUCCCUAACCUGCAUGGUAGCUUGCAUCUCAUCCCGUUGAAGGUUUAUAGAAAUGAAAGGAGCAUUGAAUUGAAUAUGUUUUGAUGAAUUUGAUUAUUAACGCAGGUGACAUGCUGCUUUCCGCUAUAUUUAGUUACCAGAUAAAUGUACAUUACUUGAAGGGUACUCUGCUUAAAGUAAUUCAGAACAAGCUACAGUUCUGUGAAUCAAUACUAUAUGUUGCCUUAUCUCAUUUAAAAAGAAACAUAACUCCUUUACAUUUCAUACGGUGCAUGCCGAUAACACAAAACAGAAUUUAAGAUCCAAAACAGAGCUUUCAUUUUUAUCUGUACUCAGCAUAGAUUUAACCGGCCAGUGUCAACACAGUCAUGUUUGUACAGCCAGCCUAUGAAAGAAUUUAGUCAUGUACAUAUGGUUUUUGAAAUAUAUCUAUUUGCGCUAAAGCUUUACCCAUUGCUCAUUAAUAGGCAUAUUCCAGAUGUGCAUCUGUAUUACUUUUUGCUGACUAAGUAAACCUUUUUGAUUCAAAGUUUCAUUAUAACAGCUCUUCUAUUUUUGUCAGUUUUGGCCAGUCCAGCUUAAAGCUAAAGGAAAUUUGUGGAAAGAAAUUGUGUAAAAAUGUAGAAGGGCAUUAUGGGGUAUAGUAGAAUAGAUGACAUUUGCUAUUAAUGCUCCUUUCUGAGCCACAUCUGGAGGUUUAUGUGACAUUACAAGGGGAAAUGAAUGCAGUUUUUACUGUCUACUUUUCACACUUUUCACUAAGCACUGGCAUGUAGGGGUGGACACAAGCAGCAAUCACAUUAUGAUGUAGUUCAAUACAAUAAUAACCUUGCAAAGAAUACUGCCUUUAUGAAGCUACUUAUGUUUAAUUUGUUGAAGUUAUGUUAGAGAGCACAUUUAAGCUCUGUUUAUUUCUAAACCCAAGGUGUUGUAUUGAACUGCAUUGUUAUAAGCUAAUAUUAAGGGCUGGAACUAGUGAUUACUUUCAUUGUUCAUUAACCUACUGGUUCUUUUAUUGAUUAAUUGAUUAAUUAUUUGAUCUACAAAACAUAAAAAAUAGGGACAUUUUCCUAAGGUGAUGUUUUCAUGUCUUUAAAUAGCCUUUUAUGGUCCUACCAAAAGUCCCAAAACUCAAAGUUAUAAUAAUAUAUAACUGAUUGAUUGACCAGUUAUCCAAAUUGUUGCAGAUAAUCUAUUAAUUGGCUAAUCAUUUCAGCUUUAAAUAUAUUAUUACCAUGGAGUGUCUCAACAGAACUGGAUGUUACAAUCUGUGCAGAGUUAAUAGAUCUGUUGUUUUGAGUGGGAUUAUAUUAUACAGAGUUGCUUUUGUGUCCACCCCUUUAAUAUUGUACUUUUAUUGGCAUCAUAUUCAAUUUGGUUGAACAGUAAUUGGUUGAUUUAAAUUCUCCACUUUUCUUAUGUAAUAACUAAAUUACAAUUACUACCCCAGCAAAGCAUGUACUGUUUGAGGAAAUGAUGAUGUAACCUAUAAAUGAAGAGCUCUAUAUAUAUGCCAUGCACAUCUCUAAUGAUCAGGAGGCUAGAGGUGGAAAAUUUUUGCUAUACUUUCAGUGGACUUCUGAAUGAAUGAGAGGAGACAAGGCUGACCUCCAGUGGCCUUACACACCUUCCUCUGAAAGGACUGUUAAUGAUUAUUUUUCAUGCUUUGAUUUGUGUUUCAAAUGGAGAGAAAAAAAAGAAAAGAAAUGAUUUGUGCUGUAUACUCAGGAUAUCUGGAGAGAGAAAUGGAGAGAACAUCAGUGCUCAUGGGCCUAAGAAGUAUACCUAACUGUCAAAGUGCGACAUGCACUUGAUAGAUUUUGUCUCAAUAAAUUUACUCUUUCGUGGGAAACACGAGUGCUUCGGAA